AUGGACCCACCAUCAACAAACCAGUCCUCAGAAGCCCAGCCUGCAGCCCCAUCCCCACUAACCUCCUAUCGCUGGCACACAGGAGGUGGUGGGGAGAAGGGGGCUGGAGGGUUCCACUGGGGCCGCCUCGCGGGCUGGGGGAGAGCACUGAGCCACCAGGAACCCAUGGUCAGCCAGCCAGCUCGUCGCUCGCUGUUCCGCCGUGUCCUCUCUGCACCCUCCAAGGAAUCACGUCCAAGCCGCCCCCGAAUAUCCAAGAGCUUCUGGGGGAGGAAUAAAAGCCCACCAUUGGAGCCAGAGUCAGGACCAGAAGCUUCAGGUAUGUGGCUCCCCCACCCAGAGCUUGGGCCGGAUCCGGAGCGAGAGCCGGAGACCGCUAGUCCUCAGAUCCCUGAGGCCCCUACACCCGAUGUGCCCAUCUGGAAUAUUGGGGCCUUCACUCUGCUCGAUGGGAGGCUGGUGCUGCUUGGUGGUGAGGAGGAGGGUCCUCGACGGUCCCGGGUGGGGAGUGCUAGCUCUGAGGGCAGCAUCCAGGCAGCCAUGGGGAACCUCAGGGAUCCGGACAGGACCCCUGGAAAGACCGAACCAGAGGCUGCUGGCCCCCACCAGGUCCACAAUGUUCGGGGGUUGCUCAAGCGGCUGAAAGAAAAGAAAAAAUCCAAGUCAGAGCUGGGAGCCAAUGCUUCCCGGGAUGGGACCCCCAGUGUUCUGGGCUCUCGGGAAUCUCUGAUCACACUCUCUGAGCUGGACCUGGGCGCCGAACGGGAUGUGCGGGUCUGGCCACUGCACCCCAGCCUCCUGGAGGAGCCCCACUGCUUCCAGGUAACAUGGGCAGGCGGGAGCCGCUGCUUCUCCUGUCGCUCGGCUGCUGAAAGAGACCGCUGGAUCGAGGACCUUCGUCGCCACUUCCAGCCCAGCCAGGACAGCGUGGAACGAGAAGAGACGUGGCUGAGCGUGUGGGUGCACGAAGCGAAGGGGCUGCCACGGGCGGCGGCUGGGCCGCCAGGAGUGCGCGUCGAGCUGUGGCUGGACGGCGCGCUGCUGGCGCGCACGGCGCCGCGGGCUGGUCCGGGCCCGCUCUUCUGGGCAGAGCGCUUCCACUUCGAGGCGCUGCCGCCAGCGCAUCGUGUGUCGUUGCGGCUGCGCGGAGCGGGCGCAGGCAGCUCGGCGCUGGGCCGCGCGACACUGGCACUGGAGGAGCUGGGCGGCCCCCGCGCGUCUGCGGCGGGCGUGGAGCGCUGGUUCCCGCUGCUCGGGGCGCCAGCCGGCGCGGCGCUGCGGGCGCGCAUCCGGGCGCGGCGCCUGCGCGUGUUGCCGUCCGAGCGCUACAAGGAGCUGGCGGAGUUCCUGACUUUCCACUACGCGCGCCUGUGCGAGGCACUGGAGCCCGAGCUGCCCGCACAGGCCAAGGAGGAGUUGGCGGCUGCCAUGGUGCGCGUGCUGAGAGCCACUGGCCGAGCGCAGGCACUGGUGACAGAUCUGGGCACCGCGGAGCUGGCACGCAGUGGAGGCCGUGAGGCGCUGCUGUUCCGGGAAAACACAUUGGCCACCAAGGCCAUCGAUGAGUACAUGAAGCUGGUGGCACAGGACUACCUCCAAGAGACUCUGGGGCAGGUCGUGCGGCGUCUCUGUGACUCCACGGAGGACUGUGAGGUGGACCCCAGCAAGUGCCCAGCCUCAGAGCUGCCCCAGCACCAAGCCAGGCUGCAAAACAACUGUGAGGAGGUCUUCCAGAAUAUCGUCCACUCCUAUGACUGGUUCCCAGCGGAGCUGGGCAUCGUUUUCUCAGGCUGGAGAGAAGCAUGCAAAGCACGUGGCUCCGAGGCACUGGGCCCCCGGCUGGUGUGUGCCUCUCUCUUCUUGCGGUUCCUGUGUCCUGCCAUCCUGGCACCCAGCCUCUUUGGCCUGGCACCAGAGCACCCAGCACCCGGCCCAGCCCGCACCCUCACACUGAUCGCCAAGGUCAUCCAGAAUCUCGCCAAUCAUGCCCCGUUUGGUGAAAAGGAGGCCUACAUGGACUUUAUGAAUAGCUUCCUGGAGAAUCACGGACCUGCCAUGCAACGCUUCCUGGACCAAGUGGCCAUGGUGGAUGUGGACGCAGCCCCCAGUGGUUACCAGGGCAGUAGUGACCUGGCCCUCCCGCUGGCAGUCCUUCAUGCCCAGCUCUGUACCAUCUUUGCUGAACUUGACCAGGCAACCCGUGACAGCCUGGAACCCCUGCCCACCAUCCUGCAAGCCAUUGAGGAAGGCCGGCCUGUCCCUGUGUCUGUGCCAAUGCGUCUUCCACCACUCCCAGCCCAGGGCCACUCCAGCUUUUCGGCAGGGGAGAAGCCUGGCUUCCUGCCCCCUCGGGAUCUCCCCAAGCACACGCCUCUCAUCUCCAAGAGCCAGUCCCUUCGCAGCGUUCACGGCUCAGGAUGUUGGGCCCGGCAGCGGCCAGACCAGGAGCAGCCGCCACGGCUGCCCCGGCCUGUGCAGCGCACACAGAGUGUACCAGCCGGCCGCCCCACUCGCCGCCGCCCGUCUGCAGGGCCCCGGCAGCGACCCAAAGGCUCCGUACGCACAGGCCCCGCGCCCCGCGGCUGGCCCUGCACCGGGGCCUCGGCCUCGCUUCCUAGGAAGCCGUCAGUACCCUGGCAGCGCCACCUGGACCAGCCGCGAGACAGAGACCAGGCGCUAGGCACGCACCGACCCGUGGGCAAGCUGGCCGAGCUGCAGCGCGAAGUGGCCGCCCUGCGCGAGGAACAGAAAGUGUUGUCCAGCCUCGUGGAGUCGCUGAGCACCCACAUCCGGGCCCUGACUGAGCAGCAGCAGCAGCUUCGCGGCCAACUCGAAGACCUGGACUCCAGGCUCUGCGGAAGGACCUCGCGUCUGGAUCCAGAGCGUGACCCUCCAAGCAGUAACGCCCACUGGCUGAAAAGUCUGGAGCACCGUCUGGCUGAGAUGGAGAGUUCUCAAGCCCAGCUGAGGGAUGCCAUCCAGAACCUGCAGUUCCUUCCAUGGACUCCUGGGACCUGGAGCCAGCCCCUGCCCCUCAAAGCACCCUGCGUCAACGGAGACACCACCUGAGCUGCCCACUCCACCCCACGUGGUCUGAGAGCAAAGAGUUGGCCGUUUUAGGGGCCCUGCCUCAGCCCUAUAUGGCCUACAGUGUGGAGUGGAGCUGUAGGUGGCAACUGGUCUGGCACUGUGAGGUCGCCCAGUAAAAUCUCGAUGUCAGUAAAAUCGAUGGUUUCUUUGUCCCUAAGUGUUGCCAAUCAGAAAGCAACUCCUCUCGUAAAUUCUCCCCUAAUUGGAGGGCUCAUGACGAGGGAGAUGUAAAGAGAUUCUCACCAACUGUGUGACUUCAGGCCUUCACUCUCUCAGAGCCUCAAUGUCCUCUUCUGCAAGUUGGAUCUAAAGGUCCUUACACAGUAAAAGACCCGUUGUUUAAAGUAUUCAAAAAAAGGUAUUCAUCAUUUGUUAGGCCCAACACAUACUUCUCAAUGAAGCCCAGAUCCCCACCAGAUCCCACCUUCACCAACCCCCAGGCCCCACUUGAGAGUAUCUUCCAGGGUCCCUAAAUCCCCCACCAGCUCCUUCAUAGCAGGGAGAGCAUGGGUCUGGGAAGCAGAUGAAGAAAUAAGUGGGUAAGUGUGGAGAUAGUUGAGUUCUGUGGCUGUUGGCUGGAUAAAUGAGUGAACAUUUGAAUUAUGGGUGAGGCGUAGAGUG